AUGUCUGCCAGAAUUCAUGAAUGCAUCACGAAUGCCAAGACUGCGCUGAGACCACGGCAAUGCGAGAAAGGUCGCAGCAAUGGGCAUUUGGCACGAAGCUUCGCUCCUAGUUGCUUUGACUAUGCUUUGCUACAAGAGUUGAAAGCGCAGAAAGCCCAACCAGAUCGACGAUCUUCUCCAAAGAGGCAAAAGAUGGACGACGACGCACUGCAAACGCAAAGGUCGGACUGGUGGUACUGCAAAAGCAGCAAGUCGCCCACGAGCCGCUCCUGGGAGUUUGUGUUGCGCCAGCUGUGCUUGUGUGCUCUUGGAUGGAAUUUGGAUUGCCCAGAGUGCAAAUAUCAUGAAGCGCCACCAGGUACAACCAAGCAGACUGCUCCAGUGCGGGUGAUCCGGUGCCCUGGCAUUGCGCUUGAUGGCGCAGUUUGUGAGGCCAAGCCCGGGUUUGGAGAUUGCAGCCUUUGCAGAGCUCACGUUGAAUAUUGGGAAACUUUGCCGUCCUCACCCGUGACACUACCACCUUCUCAGGUGGCUGAAAUCUAUCAGGUUGACCGAGUUCUUUAUGACUAUGGCAUCACGCUUGUGCCUCCAGAAGAUUUGCAGCGCUAUGUGAACGACCUGCGGGAGACAGUGUGUGACACAGCGCCGCCGGACUACACCUUGAGCAAUGGAUCUCUGAAUGGUGUGGUGCACACUUUGAUUGCACCUCAUUUUGGCCUUAGGUUUCAAAGCGUCCUUCCAUGCCCCAUUCCAUUGCUUUGCGUGAGAUUUGCCAAGCCGAAGGAAAAUUUGAGAACGGGCCUCAUUCAACUUUUGGUUUUACGCUUUGAUAGGUACAACACCGUGAAGGUCAUUGACCAGCAGGCUGAGCAAUGCGAGGAAAUCCACAUUUUGUCCAGGCUCUACAGCGAUGUGAAGGUGUGCGGUUCAGACGAAAGGAAUGUUCCACGAGUUGCCAUCCAUUUGGAUGACGUGGACGCAGCAGGUAGGGCGCUCUUGGUGUUUCAUGGUAGCGGAGCCCUGACCGAUCAGGGACUGCUUUUCAAGCUUGCAGCUGGCUGCGGGUGGUACCGCGCCAGUUGUGAGUACUGA